AUGGCUUCCUGUCACCAUAUUACGAUCAGUGAUCCUGAAGAAGAAGAAGAAGAUGCAGACGACGCUCCCCCUGAACUUGAACAAGGGGUAAAAAAUACAGUCGAUGAGCUAAAAGAGAUUAACCUUGGCACAAGCGACGAUCCUCGCCCAAUUUACAUAAGCUCUUGUAUGACUCCUGAAGAAGAAAAAGAGUAUGUUGAUUUGCUGCUCGAGUUCAGGGACGUCUUUGCCUGGAAUUACUCAGAAAUGCCUGGUCUGGAUCCAAGGGUCGCCGUUCAUAAUUUGUCCGUCAAGCGGGGAACAAAACCUGUCAAGCAAACGCAAAGGCGCUUUCGGCCCGAAUUGAUUCCCCUGAUAGAAAAUGAGAUAAAUCGAUUGAUUGAAGCUGGAUUUAUACGAGAAGUAAAAUAUCCAACAUGGAUUUCAAGCAUCGUCCCUGUAAGGAAAAAGAAUGGGCAAAUUCAAGUUUGUGUUGACUUUCGAGAUUUAAACGAGACUUGCCCCAAAGAUGAUUUUCCUCUCCCCAUCACAGAAUUGACGGUAGAUGCUACAACCGGGCAUGAAGCACUAUCUUUUCUCGAUGGAUCGUUUGGCUACAAUCAAAUACGCAUGGCGCCCGAGGAUGAGGAGCUAACUGCCUUCCGCACCCCCAAGGGAAUUUAUUGCUAUAAAGUAAUGUCGUUUGGCUUGAAAAAUGCUGGAGCAACAUAUCAAAGGGCAAUGCAAAGAAUUUUUGACGAUAUGCUCCAUAAAAAUGUGGAGUGCUAUGUCGAUGAUCUUGUGGUGAAAUCAAAGAAGCGGGAAGAUCAUAUUCAAGACCUUCGAAAAGUUUUCCAACGCCUUCGGAGAUACCAACUGAAGAUGAAUCCUUUGAAGUGUGCGUUCGGAGUCACUUCUGGCAAGUUUCUCGGUUUCAUCGUUCAUCAGCGAGGAAUAGAAGUCGAUCGAUCUAAAAUUGAUGCCAUCGUGAACAUGUCUGAACCGCGAAAUAUUCAUGAAUUGAAGAGUCUUCAAGGGAAGUUGGCUUAUAUCAGCAGGUUUAUCUCUAAUUUGGCCGGGCGAUGCCAACCCUUCAGUCGACUGAUGAAGAAAGGGGUGCCCUUCGAGUGGGAUGAAUCGUGUAGGAAUGCCUUUACAAGCAUCAAAAUGUAUCUCAUGAAUCCUCCAGUUUUGGCUGCACCCAUCUCAGGAAAACCAUUGAUUCUCUAUAUUUUCGCUCAAGAACGGUCGGUUGGGGCCUUACUUGCUCAAGAAAACGAUGAAGGUAAGGAGAAUGCACUGUAUUACUUGAGCCGGAUGAUGACAUCUAAUGAGUUGAACUACUCGCCCAUCGUGAAGUUGUGUUUGGCACUUAUAUUUGUCAUUCAGAAGUUGAAACAUUACUUUCAAGCACACACUAUUCGACUCAUAUCUAAGUCUAAUCCCAUUAAAUACGUCAUGGCAAAACCUGUACUGUCUGAUCGACUCGCGAGAUGGUACCUCCAGUUUCAACAGUUUGAAAUUAUUUACGUACCUGCGAAGGCUGUCAAAGGACAAAUAUUGGCAGACUUUUUAGCCGAUCAUCCCCUACCUGCCGAGUGGGAGUUGACUGAUGAACUUCCCGAUGAAGAAGUGUUUAUGGUCGAAUCUCCGUGGUCGAUGUAUUUCGAUGGAGCCGCGCACCGUGACGGAGCCGGUGCAGGAAUUAUCUUUCAUACUCCUGAAGCAGAUAUAUUGCCAUACUCUUUCACUUUAACACGCCGGUGUUCCAACAAUGUGGCUGAAUAUCAGGCGUUGAUUCUCGGUCUUGAAACGGCUGUAGACAUGAAACAGUUGCAUCUUAGAGUCUACGGUGAUUCAAAAUUGGUGGUAAAUCAACUUCUUGGUGUUUAUGAUGUCAAGAAACCCGAAUUGAUCCCAUAUUAUAAGUAUGCAAGGCAACUCAUGGGAUAUCUGGGCGAUGUCACUAUAGAACAUAUCCCUAGAAAUUUCAACCAACAAGCUGACUCUUUGGCAAGGGUGGCGUCCAUGAUCACUCUGCCUUCUCAUCGAAAUCAGAUUUCAAUAUGUCAAAGUUGGGUCAUACCUCCGAUGUUUGAUGAAGAUGAUGAUGAAGAUCCCAAGAAAAGGGUUGAUAUACGUCGUCGAGCACCACGUUUCAUUUACUACAAAGGGACGCUUUACCGAAGGUCAUUCGAUGGGGUGUUUCUACGAUGUCUUGGAGAAGAUAAGGCCAUGCAAGCAAUGGAGGAGGCUCACUCUGGGAUAUGUGGUGCUCACCAAUCUGGCCCGAAAUUACACUUUCACAUUAAAAGAAUGGGAUACUACUGGCCAACAAUGGUGAAGGACUGUAUCGAUUUUGCUAGAAGAUGUCAAGCUUGUCAAUUCCAUGGCAAUUUCAUCCGUCAACCUCUUGAACCAUUGCAUCCAACUGUAGCUUCUUGGCCGUUCGAUGCUUGGGGUUUGGAUAUAGUUGGACCGCUUCCAAAAUCUUCCGGAGGACACAUUUUUAUUUUGGCAGCGACGGAUUAUUUCUCAAAGUGGGCCGAAGCGGUUCCUCUAAGAGAGGUCAAAAAGGAGAAUGUAGUAGAUUUUAUCCGCUCGCACAUCAUUUAUCGAUAUGGGGUCCCGCGUUAUAUCAUCACCGAUAAUGGUAAACCUUUUUGCAAUGUAGCAAUGAACAAACUUUGCGAAAAGUUUCAUUUCAAACAAUACAAUUCGUCCAUGUACUACGCUGCCGCAAAUGGACUCGCUGAAGCAUUCAACAAGAGCUUAUGUAAUCUGUUGAAGAAAAUCGUGGAUAAAUCGAAAAGGGAUUGGCAUCUUCGAAUUGGAGAAGCGCUUUGGGUAUACAGAACUACUUUUCGAACUCCCACACAAGCAACCCCAUAUGCGCUUGUUUACGGUGUUGAAGCUGUUCUUCCACUUGAGUGUCAAAUACCUUCGCUAAGAAUUGCAAUUCAAGAAGGACUCAGUGGAGAAGAUAAUGUUCGUCUUCGCCUCGAGGAAUUAGAAGCACUCGACGAAAAGAGAUUGGAAGCUCAGCAACGGAUUGAGUGUUAUCAGGCUCGCCUUUCAAAGGCAUUCAAUAAGCACGUCCGACCCCGCUCUUUUCAAAUUGGAGAGUUAGUGCUCGCCGUUCGGAAACCAAUCAUUCUUACUCAUGGCGGACAAAGAAAGUUUACUCCUAAGUGGGAUGGUCCAUAUGUCGUCCGAGAAGUAUAUACAAAUGGCUCAUACAAGUUGGUUGCUGAAGAUGGAUUAAGGGUUGGCCCCAUCAAUGGCAAGUACCUAAAAAGGUACUAUGCUUAA